UUGUUCCUGCUUAAUCUGGCGUUCUAAUUAGCAUGGGCCCUGUGUAGAUAAACUUGGAGCCUAUAGAUUGCACUCCCAUACGUCUGAAGAAGCGGACCAUCAUCUCAUGGCAGACAAGAACAGCAUCUUGAAAUGCACUUUCUCUGCGCCAAGUCACAGCGCCACGCUUCUGCACGGCCUGGCAUCUCUCCGGGCGCAGGCCCAGCUGCUUGACGUCAUCCUCACCAUCAACAACGAGGUGUUUCAGGUCCACAAAGUUGUCUUGGCUGCAUGCAGUGAUUACUUCAGGGCCAUGUUCACCGGCGGGAUGAGAGAAGCCAGCCAAGAUGUGAUUGAGCUGAAAGGGGUCUCCUCCAAGGGCCUGAAGCACAUCAUAGAGUUUGCCUACACCGCUGAGGUGACUCUGGACCUGGACUGCAUUCAGGAUGUGCUGGGGGCCGCCGUCUUCCUGCAGAUGGUGCCGGUGGUGGAGCUGUGUGAGGAGUUUCUGAAGUCCGCCAUGAGCGUCGAGACUUGCCUCAACAUCGGGCAGAUGGCCACCACCUUCAGCCUAGCCUCCCUGAAGGAGUCGGUGGAUUCCUUCACCUUCCGACAUUUCCUCCAAAUUUCUGAGGAAGAAGACUUCCUCCACCUGCCGUUGGAGCGACUGGUCUUCUUCCUCCAGAGCAACAAGCUCAAGAGCUGCGGCGAGAUCGACCUCUUCCGGGCCGCCAUCCGCUGGUUGCAGUAUGACCCCGCGCGGCGCCGGAACGCCAGCCAGGUCCUCUGCCACAUCCGCUUCCCGCUCAUGAAGUCCUCCGAGCUGGUGGACAACGUCCAGACCUUGGACAUCAUGGUGGAGGACGUCCUCUGCCGGCAGUACCUCCUGGAGGCCUUCAACUACCAGAUCCUGCCUUUCCGGCAGCAUGAGAUGCAGUCUCCCCGGACCGCCAUCCGCUCGGACGUCUUCUCCCUCGUCACGUUCGGCGGCACCCCCUACACUGAUAACGACCGGACCGUGAGCGGCAAGGUCUACUACCUGCCAGACGGCCACACGCGGCAGUUCAAGGAGCUGACGGAGAUGGAGGUGGGGAGCAGCCACACCUGCGUGGCCGCCUUGGACAAUUUCGUGUACGUGGUGGGGGGCCAGCACCUACAGUACCGCAGCGGCGAGGGGGCGGUGGACCUCUGCUACCGCUAUGACCCCCACCUGAACCAGUGGCUGCGCAUCCAGCCCAUGCAGGAGAGCCGGAUCCAGUUCCAGCUGAAUGUUCUUCACGGCCUGGUUUAUGCCACCGGGGGCAGGAACCGGUCAGGCAGCUUGGCCUCGGUGGAGAGGUACUGCCCCAAGACCAACGAGUGGGGCUACGUCUGCUCCCUCAAACGCAGGACGUGGGGUCAUGCCGGGGCCACCUUGGGCGGCAAGCUGUACAUCUCGGGGGGCUACGGGAUCUCGGUGGAGGACAAAAAGGCCUUGCAUUGCUACGAUCCUGCCCUGGACCAGUGGGAGUUCAAAGCCCCCAUGAACGAACCGCGGGUCCUCCACGCCAUGGUGAGCGCCAACAACCGGAUCUACGCCCUCGGAGGCCGCAUGGACCACGUGGACCGCUGCUUUGACGUGUUGGCCGUUGAGUAUUACGUGCCAGAAGCCAACCAGUGGACCACCGUCAGCCCCAUGCGGGCGGGACAGUCCGAGGCCGGUUGUUGCUUGUUGGAGAAGAAGAUUUACAUUGUGGGGGGUUACAACUGGCACCUGAACAAUGUCACCAGCAUCGUGCAGGUGUAUAACACGGAGACGGAUGAGUGGGAGAGGGAUCUUCAUUUCCCAGAAUCCUUUGCGGGCAUCGCUUGCGUGGCGGUCAUUCUCCCACAGAGCACAGCCCGGAGGUGACCACGGGCGAGAGGCCUCUGAUCUUCUCAACCUCUGCACCUUCUUGUCUACCCUGCCCUGAAAAUUAAAGCCCCCAUGUCCAGGGUAGGCGAAAGAUCUCGUUGAGCUACCUUUCGGUCAUCUUUAUUUCUUAACAAUGGGGUGCUCCAUCCCUCCAUUGGGGGUGGGAGAGGAGCCAGAGAAUAUUAUAAGGAGGUUUGAACCCGAGGAUGGGGAUUUCUCCCGAGAAGGAAGGGGUGGUGCUCCCUAACAGAAUCUGUUCCCAAACGUUCAUGCGUCCUGCAGAUGUUAAGUAAUUGCUUUCCCCCCUCAUUUCAUCCCCCAUCUUACAUUCGCAACCCUCAGAGGAUUUUGACUGCACCCCAAAGCGUUGUUAACAUGUGAUUUCGUGGCAACUGGGCUGUUAAAGAAAAUGGGAACAAAAUCGGGAAAAGUAAAAAAUGUCUCAAACUUCCCAAAAGCAAUAAGAGGAAUUAUUGCGGGGGGUGGGGUGGGCGGACGGGGGAUCGACUCUAAGGAGAUGAACUAUGUAUGAUCUCAUGCAGGCAUGUGUUCACGUUUCCUGGAAAAAAGCACAGUUUAAAUGCAUGUGUACUGCACACCUGUUUGCUUUCUCUGUUUUUGUCUUCGAAAACUGCAAACCGUCUCUGCCUGUCUGAACGUUCAGGAAGAUCCUGGCCAUUUUCCUCUUUCCCUCCAGAAAAUCCAACAGUGCCUUUGACUCUGAACUGGGGGAGCAAACUGGGACCCAUUUUCUCAUUUUAAAAGUGUUGCUGUUCGUUCAGUGUUCACGAGAAUGGAAUUAUACUGUUUAAAAUUUG